UCGACCAAUCGCUUGUCGACCCUUUCAAUACAAGACAUGUACCAUGGCAACGAGUAAAUACAAACACAUCAACUUUGAAAUCAGCUGUCAGUAAAGCAGUAAUUAUUGCAAUUGAAGUUGUAAAUGAGCCGGUUUUUACACGCUCGUUUUGGAAAAAGUGUCUUAUUUGUUGAAAUUGUCUCUCGAAGGAUUGAAGGACCCGAAAAUGUGACUUUAAACUAGAAAAUUAGCGAUUGUAAAGGAAAUGUUGACGAUUUUUUCGACUUAAAUCGUUGGCAGGAUAUUAAGGGUGGGAAGUUUUCAAAUUGAGACCCGGUAUAUUGGAAAACAAGAGCAUUCUACAGGGUGACCAAGAUGGCUCCGUAUCCUUAAUUCGYCCCGUCGCUGUCCCAGCUGCACCAUGGAAGACCUGGAAAAUGCCACAUUUUCCAGCUACUUGAACGUCUCCUCAACCAAAUUUCCACUGAUUUCCUUUGACAAUGAAUCCUGCGACGUUAUUUCUGAAAAUUACCCCACUAGAAACCCAGUGUUCUUAACGGCCGCGUACACUAUGUAUGGAGUGAUUAUAGUGCUGGCCCUGUUAGGAAACGUCUUUGUGUGCUACAUAGUGAUGCAGUCGCCUAGAAUGCGAACUGUGACCAACUACUUCAUAAUGAAUUUGGCUGUUGGUGACAUUCUGAUCACUGUGAUGUGCAUUCCGUUCACUUCGGUGCCCGUCAUGUUGCAGUUCUGGCCCUUCGGAAGCUUCAUGUGCACUUUUGUCAACUAUUCGGCUACAUUGAGUGUGUUUGUUAGUGCAUACACUUUGGUGGCCAUCAGCAUCGACAAGUGGAUGUUGAUCAUGUAUCCUUUGAAGCCGCGCAUUUCCAAGCGAUCUGCCACCUGUAUUAUUGCAUCUGUGUGGAUUUUUGCUGGAAUCACUGUGCUGCCUACUGCAAUUUUUUCCGUUACUUUUCAACCCCAAGGGCCAACUCUGGAUGAGGCAGCUUAUCGCAGAUGUAACAAGUACGUGUGCACGGAGGACUAUUCUUCAGUUGGGGCCGCUUACGGAACGAUGUACACCACAGUGUUGAUGGUUCUUCAAUAUAUCGUUCCUCUGGUGGUGCUCAUCUUCACCUAUACGAGCAUAGCGGCUGUUAUUUGGUGCCAUCGAAUCCCUGGCGAGGCAGAAAAUACCCGCGAUAUGCGAAUGGCGCGGUCUAAAAGAAAGAUGAUCAAGAUGAUGAUCACCGUGGUGCUGGUCUUCACAAUGUGUUGGCUGCCUUACAAUCUUUACAUGCUGUUUCAAGACCAGAUUGGCAUCGAACUAAAACCAUACAUCUACAUAUUAUUCCACGGUUUGGCCAUGUCGCACGCCUGCUACAACCCGAUCAUCUACUGCUACAUGAACACCAGGUUCCGAGAUGGGCUUUGUUUGAUCUUCAAGACGCUGCCGUGUCUUAAGGGGUGCUACAUGCGAAAAUCGCGAGGAUCGUCCGCCUUCCAGCAUAACGCUUGCCUGGAAGGAACUGAUAGCACAACAUUGCAACGGAACAACACGUUUACCACCUACAUAACACUGAACCGCAAAAAUCGACUGUCCACCUACCAAAGUGGGACCGGCAGGCCAUCUUCCAUGAAAAGAAGCAGCCAGAAUACCAAUGGAACAAGCAACGGCCGCAGAAAGAAGAACGUGAAAGAUGUGCUGGAUGAACCCAUCUAAGCAACGAGAGGAGGCAAAUUGUAAAUAGGAGUUAAAUCGGGGAAAAAUACGUCUAUAGUAGUUAUGUAACUUUACUCAUUCUAGCUAAGAAAUCAAUGGCAAUUCUAUAUUAGAUGGUUGUUUAGCUUACAGCGAAUGUUUGUGGAUGAAAAUAAAACAUUUUUCCAGA